GAGUGUAUUUGCUACCAGUCGUUUAGUCCAUGGUCCUUGUUGAGGGCUGCUGUCAUCCGCACCUGUAAAACAUUUAUUGUGUAUCGGUAUUUCUCGACAUUUACAUUACUCGUCGCAGGAGGGCGUCAUAAGUGGUUUGUGUCCCAGUUCUAAAGUGAGAUGCAUUUCUUCGAAACCAGUAAGCGAAAAGUGAAAGCAUGGAAUUCAGUGGAUGUACUGGUGAAAGAGCACGGACCACUGCAGCAUGGCAGCGUUAUUGACGUCGCGGAGAACGGCCUGCUUAUUGAUUUCUACUUUACUGCACAGCGUGCGGUGCUGGUGGAAUUCGGGAAGGUCUUUGGUUCGGAGUCCGAUGAAGAAAGCUUCUCGCCGGAUGCGAAGUCCCCCGCGCCAUGGAGCGACAGAUACUGCCCACCACCCGCGGGCGCUGACCAGCCGCCCGUGCAGGCGUUACUCCGGGCCCGCCCCGAGGGUCCGUGGGCGUGGUCUCCCGCUAAAUUGCUCAUGUUUGCGAUCGAGCACUCAUCGGAGUUGUUUUUCGUGGAAGUCCAGUUGGAUGGAUUUGUGCUUCGCGAACUGGUGCUUCGGGCGCAACUGCGGUAUCAGCCAUCCGAACAAGAGAUGCACCGACGGGUUAUCAAGCACCACGACUUUAUCACGCGGUGCGUUAAUUCGGCGACGGGCGCGGUUUUAUCCCGAGACCUUAGCGAAUAUUUUAAUGCCCGAAGCAUAACCGCCCUCAGUGGAUAUACAGCGUACCUGCAGCGCCGCGAUGAAAAUCCAGUUGUUGCCGAUCACUCGCGAAAAGUUUUUCCAGAGCGAAUCAUGGCUCUGUGAUGACUAGGAAAAGCGUCGUGGGAUUCCCGCGAUUCGGAAAUCCAAUACCAGGCCCCACCAAAAAGAAAAGGCCAGCUCGGCCCAGCUGCAGCUGACGGACGCGAAAUUCCGCUGCCGCCCGAGCUGUUGGUGGAGAUCUUUCAGUCACUGGACAGCGUCGAUCGCCAGCGAUACCGGCGUGUCUGCUACGCGUGGGAGCCCAUUCUGAUGUCAGCCACAAUGUGCAGCGAUGAGCGGGUUUCGUUCGACCACCGUGUUUACUCAUCGCGCUGGCUGCGCGAGGAUUUGGCGUAUUACCCGGUGUACAACUGCGUCCUCAAGCAUCUCACUCCGGCGACGCGCACCGUCUGCUGCCUGGACUACGACCACACGUGGUCGAGAACGCAAGACUGGGGUGCCGGCGUGAUGGGCUGUGUACAACAAAUGCUGGACAGUGCAGGCCGACGUAUCCAGUCAAUGAUUUUUUGUCGACGUCGCAUCGACACGCGCUACACCGGAAAAAGCUUGGAAGUUUAUUUUAAAGAAAUGGCCGACGGCUACCGCGCGCUGGCGUCGUGUUGUGACAAGAUAAUCUACAAAGAUGUGGAGUUUCAGGAGAGCUCCUGCAGUCGCGCAUUCCAUACGGCGUCUUGACUUUAAAUGGGCUGAAUGUGACGCAACUGUGGGAUAUGUUUGAAAAGCAUCUGGUGGAGGCUUCAUCGGAUGUGGCGGCCUUGGCGAGUGGAUAUCCCGUCUCGGGAAUCAGCAUACCCAAAGAAUCGCCAAGAUUUUGCGCAACUACCAAAGCGCGGAUCCCCGUCCAACGUCCAAGUAUCGCGGUUGUCGGUGGACAUCAAUGGAAGUGUGGGGUGUGGAUGUAAACCAAUUAAGUCGUAUGGCAUUGACUGUAUUGCAGGAAAUGAGAAUGGGUGGCUCUGUUACGACUUACGCGUAUAAUUGUUAGAUAGGAAGAAAUGCACUAUGUGCGAGGAUUUACAAUAGCUUUAAUGUUAAAGCGAAAGCUAAUCCAAGCGAAAGCAAGAAUGGAAUAAAUCAGUUAAGCCUAAUGUAAAGUUAGAGAAGGAUUCAGUGCACGUCUUUAGUUAAAAGUGAUUCUGCAGACACCUGUUCCCCUUCCGAAUGAUAAGACACCAUAAAAUUUACAUCCGAAAGUCUGAGAAAACUUUCGGAUUUGAACUGUCACUAUUAUACCUUAGAGUUCCUGAACUUCUGGUGCAAAAUAGUGGGGUGUAGUGGAUGGUACAUUAGUAUCGCCGGUGCCGUGACAAAACUUGCACUUGGAAUAAAUUCAGAGCGGAGUAACGUGAAUUGUUCGUGGGCUGGGUGACACAUCCGGCGCAAGGUCCCGGAAAAACGGUUACCUUCUGGUUUUGCGGCAGUAUAUCCGGUAAAUUUAAUUCUUCCGGAUUGUUCCGUCGUCCAGAUCGGGUGUGGCUGCAGCAACAUCAUAUCAGUGAACCCAAGAAACGGUUACGGGUACCGCUUCACUUAGGAAGAAAACCCAGGAGAUCGAAAGGAAACUUUCAUAAGAAAGAGCGAGGA